AUGCUGCCCCAAAUCGACGAUGCCGACUUCCCCGUCUGGUUUCGAGCGAUGGCUUAUCGUUCCAGUGCCGACCGUGACGCCUCUGAGACUCAAUGUCCCGGAGCGAUGCACUGCGUCGCUCCGCUCGUCGCUCAGGCCCGUUUCGAGUCGAUAUGCGAUCAGAUGUUCGAACAGUCACACAGCCGCGACCUCUUCUCGGUCGUCGAGCACCUAGCAGAGCGGGCUUUCCAGCAUAGCAGCCAGGGACAGGAAAAAGAUCGACGGGAAGAGAAUCAGGAGCGGCUCGCCUCGGCGUUCGCAGCCCCUUACCGCGGCAGCGCACACCACCGCUUCGACGAUGCCAUCGCAAACUACUAUAUCCCGAGAUACAGGCCCGGAUACACAUACGGCCGUGUCGUGCCCAUCGUCCAAUCGAGCGGGACAGGCAAGAGCCGCAUGGUCCACGAGCUUCGACACCUCUGGCCGACGCUCAUCCUAACGCUGCGCAGCAAAGCAGACGAAGCCGAAUCAGGCUACCCCGUCGCCGAGCACAGCACCGUUGACUUCUUCCAACAGUCAUUUGCGGCAUUCUCGAGCCCCGACCUCGCCUUCAUCGCCUUCUUUGUCGCCUGGUUCACCGAAGUCGAUGCCGUGCUCAAGAGCCCCUCGACACCUCCGCCGAGAUCGAUGGACAAGGUGCUUGGCGCAUGGUCCUUGCACCGCGAGGCUGGCGAUGCCAGGCCCGGCACACGCGAAGCCCUCUUUGCACAAGUCUGCAAGCAGGCAAACCUGCUGCGGGAGUCUGAGGCUGACUUCCAGCAACCCGUUCCCGUCAUAGGCCGCGCCGAUCAUCUACGACGCAUCAUGAUGCGGCUUCUCAAGCCCUCGAUGGAUCGCUUGGAGCAGACCAUCGGAGCCUCGGCUCCCGUCCAGGAGAAGCGGUCCCAGCUAGAUCGCGCAGGCUCCACGCGGCCUGUGGUCAUGUACGUGGCCAUCGACGAUUUCGCCCUUCUCGACUCGGCCCACACCCCUCGCGGUCCCCUCCCGUCGUCCAGCCUUCGCAGCUGCUUAGCGUUGAUGUCGGAGAUGCACGGCAACGAGCACUUCCAGUUCUGGUUCCUGCUCCUCGACGCCGGCAGUGCGGUUUUCGAGGUCUUCCCGGCCCACGACGAGGGUCCGUCAUCGCGAGCGAGGUGUCCGCACCAUUUUCCCAUUUGGGUCGAUCUCGGCUUCGACGUACUGGUCGACGAGGCUCCUCCCGUCCUCGCUGCGAUCCAGGCCCUCGAGAUCGCCCGUCUGCGGUUCUACGGUCGACCUCUGUGGGCUGCGUGCAGAGACACGUCGGUCCUCGAAGUCGCUGUGACGAAGCUGGCUCCACCCCGGGACGAAGCCGGCCUCACCGCCAUCCGGACAGCAGCCGCCGACCUCACCAGUCCGCGAACGGCUGCCGCGGUGCUCUCACAGCGCUGCGCCAUUGACCUAGUCCCGCUGCGAUGCGACAGCGCGGGCAACCACCUCGCUCGCGAACUCGUCAGCCGACACAUGCGCGUCCUCGGCGACCUCAGGAGGGAUGGCGUCUGCGUCACUGCGUCGGCAAGCGAGCCCAUGCUCGCACUUGCGGCCGGGUACAUCCUCCAGCGAGACCGCAACGCAUGGAAGACGGUCCUCAGGACGCUCCUCGAACGGUUCCUCUCGCUCGGCCGCGAGCUCGACUUGCGAGGCAGUCACGGCGAGUUCCUUGGCAGACUGCUGCUCACCCUGGCCCGCGACGCCGCGCAGCCGAUCCACCCCGACCUCCUUGCGCGAGAGAUGACACAUGUCGAGCCGAUCCGCCUCGACGUCUUCCUCGCCUCGCUCGUCGCCGAACCCGUCUUGACGGGCAGCGUCGCCACUGAGCUCAGAGGCAAAGCCGAAUCGGCCUGGCUCAAUUUUACGCACAUGACGGUGCUCGACGACGUCGUGGACGGCGUGAGCCAGGGCUACCUCUGGCUAUGCUGGAAACGCGGAGUUGCCAUCCAGUUCAGUCGGCGGCAGGGUGGCAUCGUCGGCCUGCUGCCCGUGUUUUUGGGAGGGAGGAUAGCACUCGAGUCGAGCGUCGAGGAUGAGACUGACCUCUGGCGUCAUAUGAGUUAUGUUGGAUGGCAGGUCACACACCGACGGAGCGCCCAGACUCUCGCAAGGCAUCUACACGGUCCGCCCAUCAUCGUCGCACCUCCGACCUCAGCUGACUGGGGUACGAGCGGGGGUACCAGCAGCUACGAGGUUCCGGGUGAAGCGGUGUCGGCGCACAUGACGAUCCUGAUGGACCUCGGAAGACGUGGCAGCAACCUGUCCCCGUCUCCCGGAGCACCAGCGACCAUCGUGUACAGCGGCUGCGAGCAACGAUACGGUAUCGCGCACUCGACAACGAUCCUCCAUCUCCGCGGCUGCGGCAGCUCGACGUACGCAUGUCUAGAUCGGCUCGGCGUCACCGACGAGUUUCAGGCCAUCGCAGACCGCAUCGCAGACGCGGAGCUGACGGUGGUUAGCACCGUCAUGUUGCCGUUCGAGCAGACCAUCCGGCCCGAGUCGUGGCCGCCUCCCUGUGUUGCGACGCGAGAACGGGGCGAUGGCGAAGGCGAAGGCGAAGACGACAACACCCGUGAUGCGGUCCUCGACCAUCGACGCAGCGAGGAUGACUGCGAUCUGGUCGAUGCACCCCGUCGUCGUCGACGGCGGUGCGAGGAGCCAGAGACGUAG